GCCAAGCUAGUAGGCGCCGACGCGUAAGAAUACUACACCUGGGGAGACGUGAAGCACCCUCGCAGACGCGUGCUUCUCUGAUCAGCCAGAAAAUCCACCGAGAUGCAGCGGAUGGAUCCCCGUGUGCAAGCCCAGGCGCAAGCGCAGGCGCAGGCGCAGGCGCAUGCGGCGGCGCAGGCGCAGGCACAGGCUGCCGCCCAAGCACAGCAAGCGGCCGCGAUGCAGAUGCGCAAGCGCAAUGCCCUAGAUUCGGUCAUUGGCGAAGGGCUGCGCGUUGCCAAGCGCGGUCGACCGACGGACCGCGCGCUGCCUCCGAAAGUCAAGACAUACGUGCCAGAGAGCGCGUUGUACAACGACCUACGGCGCAUGGAGAAGAAGCUCGACUGGACAAUCGCCAGGAAGCGCGCCGAACUGACAGAUGGACUGAACAGGACCCCAAAGAUCAAACGAACCCUGCGCAUCUUCCUGAGCAACACUUCGGCAAAUCAACCCUGGCAAAAGGCCGAAGCGGCACAGCCAGUGGGAGCGGAAGUAGAUGGUGACAAGACAGAAGAGGAGAAGAAGAAGAAGGAGGCGGCAGAUGCGGAGAAGGCAGCAGCGAGCAGCUCCGACGCUGAUGCCCCAAGUUGGACACUACGCGUCGAAGGCAGAUUGCUCGAGCCAAGCUUCCGUUCACGCUCCAGUUUGGCCGAGACAGCCCGCGCGAAUGCCUUACGGAUCGGCGCGUACAAAUUCAGCAACCUCGUUAAGACAUGCAUCAUCGAGAUCCAGCGCGAUGCAGCGCUUUAUCCGGACAGCAGCAACAUUGUCGAGUGGAACCGACCAACGCCGACAGCUGCUCCGCACAACCAGCCAGGUGGCAUGGCGUCUGGCCCGGCAUCCGAGAAUCCACUGACUGCUAGUGCGGAUGUAGCAGUCGAUGGCUUUGAGGUCAAGCGCAAAGGCAGUGAACCUGUCAAAGUGAAGAUCGCGCUGUACUUGACCCACAACCCGGAGCGUUUUGCCUUGGCACCAGAGCUCGCCAGUCUUCUCGACAUCCAAGAGGAGACGCGCGCGGGUGUCAUCACUGCCCUGUGGGCGUAUAUCAAGGACCGGCGCCUGCUGGACGAGCAGGACCGGCGUGUCGUCAAGUGCGAUGCUGCGCUGCAGGCGCUGUUCAAGACGCCCUCGGUCAAUUUCCACCACGUGCCAGAAAUCCUGAAUCGCUUUUUGCAGCCGCCACAGCCGAUCGUGCUCGAGUAUUGGAUCCGCACCGACAAGGCGGAGCACAAGAACCCGACCGCGUACGACGUCGAGAUCGACAUGGACGACACGGCGGUCAAGCAAAAGCAGCACGAGAUUCUCACAAAACUCGACAAUAAUUCGGAACCUUCACGGCAGAUCGCGGAGCUCGACGAUCGGAUCGCUCAAGCUGCGCAAGCAGUGCGAAAUCAUGCGACAACGCGCGACUUUCUCUCGUCUUUCGCGCGCGACCCGCAUGCUCACAUACGCACGUGGCUUGCCAGUCAGGCCAGGGACCUGGACGCAAUCAUGGGUACCACGGCGCUUGGUGCGAACGGCGUCGCGACAGGGAUCGGCGCAGAGGAAAUCCGCAGAGCAGAGACGUUCAAGGGCAGCUGGGUAGAAGAGGCGGUCAUCGUCAACGAAAGUCAACGACUGGCGGAAAGGCUACAGGAGCUGCAAGCGCCUGUGCAAGGGCAGAGGUGAUGGCACGACUUUGUAUUUCUAGUAUUGUCCAAGCAUACGGUAGAAGGCU